AUGCAGCUGCAAAACUGCUCCAUCUUCGUCCCCACGGCUUCCUACUCGGGAGAAAGAGGAGGAGGAGCUGUCCACCCGCAGUGCCUAGCCAAACAGCAGCAGCCCGAUCAUUUACAUCAUUUGCAGCAGCCUGAACACUCUUAUGCCGCCGUUGCCGUCCUGGAUGCACCGUCAUCCCCAUCUCCGAACGUGUCCGCACAGUCGCCUUCCCAAUCGCAUCCGAGCCGCAGCCGACCUCAUCCGAACGAGAACAGGAGCAACAACGAGAGCAUCCCAUCAGCGCCGCCGCCAGUGGUAAACGCGGGCCAGCCGUCACGCAGUAACAGCCUCCCGCAAAGGGGCCUUGGCGGCGCCCCCGACGCCUUGCUGCAGUCGCCCUUCCGCACCCGACUUGCCGCUACCAAAGUAUCCGGUCCUGCUGCCGUCCAGCGUGCGCUUCGCCAGCCAUCCGCUCGUCUCUGGAACCCGACGAAUUCUACUCGCUUUCUAUCGACCCCAAACACUCCCCAUACCACUGCGACUACUGCACCUACCCGAAGACCGCGCCGUCCAUCGACCCCUCCCCCUCCGCCAGUCCCGCUCUCUCCCGUCGCCCUUGACGUCACCUCAUCGGACCACCCCGACCGCGCCAGACUCGGCAGCUCAGCCGGCGACUUCCCGCUGCUCACCCCCUCGCCGGUCGAGGGCACAGCCGCCGAAGCCGCAGCGUCGUCAAGCAAGCGGUACCCCAACACUCACCUAGUCGUCUCCGAACCUGCCCGACGCUUCCGCCAGCGCGUCCCCAGCUUCACCAAGCUUCCUGGUAUUGGACUCAGCAUCCGGCCAGCAUCACACCACCGCGCCGACUCCAAGGGCAAAGGCAAGGAAGUUAUACCCCCACUACCGCCACCAAUGCCUCCCACGGGCGAGACAUCCCCCUAUGGCCCGACCACGGCCCCCGGGCCUGGUUCAGGGGACAACAACAACAACAACAACAACAACAACAACAACAACAACAACAACAACAACAACAACACCGCAACUUUCACCACCGACCUCGAGCGCGGUCCCGACCAUCCCUCCACAACCAAUAACCGCUACUCAACCGCCUCGCACCUCUCUGCCGGCCUAGCCUCCAUCGACCUCUCCUCCAGCAACUCCUCCAUCAUGGGCGAUCCGGAUGCCGCACAAGAAAAUACCAACGAAUGGGGUCCGCAACAUCCAUGCUACCCGCACCUGAACCCACACGUACCCGUCGAUUCGCCGGAGUAUGCCAAGACUAGGAUUAUUCGCGUGCGAAGGGAUUGGUUGCUCGAGGGGGAUCUGGCGCCGACAUUUUCGAACUUGUAUCCGGAUAUUUUGGACCCCGCAGGGGUGUCCGAGGCGGAGUUUAGACGGGUGAUUGAGAAACUUAAUAGUGAGCUGGUGCCUAUCUUUAAUCCAUGGGCGUGGCAGAACGUGGUGGAUGGCGUGUUGGGGCUGGUGACGGGAUGGUUGUGGGAUGAUCUUGGGUUUACGAGUGCCAAGAGGAGGUUGCAGAGGUUGGAAGAGUGGAUCGAGCAGUGGAAUCGGGAUAUGGAGAAGCAGGUGAGGAGUAAUGCCAAUGGGGAUGAGGGGAUUAUACCGCCGAAGAUUGUGAGUUUGCGGAAGACGGGGUAUAUGACGCUCGAUAUCCAGAUCCCGGAUCCGGAGCUCGCCCCGGCCUCGCCGACGACUCCUCCUACUCCUCGUGAAUGGACUUCUGGAGAGCUUCUUGAGCCGCCUGCGCCCGCGGUUACGACAUAG